CCUGGUUGGUUUUGCCGGAUGUUUUAAAAAAAUACUCGUUAAUAAUUCAUGUUCACAAGAAGUAGUCUAAUUUUAGGUCGUAAACCGCUUGCUAAUUUUCAGGCAAAGCCCACAAACGGGAAAACAAGAGCUUUACGAUCCGUUUGCCGCAGGAGGCUUGUGAUCAUCGAUGUCCAAUGCCGCCUGCACGAGGCUUGAAACUAUGAAUGAAAAGGGUCAAGAUUGGGGCGAUUUUGUCAACCGUUACACCUCGCAUUCUUCGCGGCACUCAAGCCCAGAAAGAGAGCUAGAUUACGGAGAUAUGAGGCUAACUCCAUCACCAAUCUCGCCUGUGUUUGGUACCGCGGAGAAGCAAUUCUGCAGGAGAGAUAAUAUUGACCAGUGUAUCGCCUAUUUGAACCAGGAACUUGGUGUUCUUGGCUUCUCGUCACUGUUCACACCGUCGCGCAAUGGAAGAGGGCCACCUGAUACAUUUGACAUUGUCAAAUUAGUAAACAGUACUUAUGAACUCUUGCAGCAACAGCAACGAAACAUGAAACAGUUGACAGAUCUUGAGCAGAAGAAUCUUCGAGCAGAGUGUGAUAAUGAACACCUUAUGCAGACCCAGAACAGACUCAAGGAGCAAUUAGAAUCAGCUCAGAGAGAGAUUGCUAUGAGAAAUGAAAGAGAACGACAACUACAGGGAAAACUUCUAAAGGCAAAGGAAGAACUCAAGUUAGAGAGAGAGGAGUUAAAGAAAACCAAAGCCAACUCACUUCAUAUACAGAAACAGUUUGACCAUGAAACAAGAAAAAAAGAAAGGGAAUUCAGCAAGCUCAAGGAAAGAAUUCAUCAACUUCUCACAGAUAAAAGCCAGGAGAAGAAAGUGGGACUGGACAUUUUAAAUUUGAUAAAUAGACCAGCUGGUGGACAGCGAGCAAUGUGGAAGACAGGAUCUGCUAAAAAUGAAGAGGAAAUGUACAGAAUGCUUAUCACAAAUUAUGAGGAAAGGGAAAAGGAGCUAAUGGUUGAAAACAAUGAUAUGCGGGAAACACUUCAAAAUAUGCAGACAGAACUAAUAAAUCUGCUGAAUCAACAGAAUAAUGAUUAUGAAACUAAUACAGAGGGUGGUGAAGUUAGCGAGCCAGGUUCAGUGGAUGAACUAUCAACAGGACAUUUUAACAUGCCAUAUGACAUGGUUAGAGAAGGGAUUGAGAGUAGUUUGAGAGAAAAGUGGAGAUUGCUUAAGUCAAGGUUUGAAGAAGCAAACAAAGGAACAACAAAUGGUUCUGCUUCCACAAAGCCAGAUGAAGUUUUAAGGUUAGAAAAACAGUUAGAGGACUAUAGGCAUGUCGUGGAACGACAAGAAAAUCUUAUACAGUCCUUGCAAUCAAAAGCAAAUAGUCCUGCAAAAGAUUCUUCGUUCUUGACGGACUCUCAGUUGUGUGAGGAUCAAGAGAAGGUCGAGUCAGACAAGCAGUUCUUUGCUGAGCAAAGAGCAGCACUUGAGAACGAGCGGAGACAACUGACUGAUGCCGCAGUGAAACUGGGACAUGAGAGGAAGAAGUUUGAAGAGGAACGAACUUCCUUUUACAAACAGCAGCUUUUGACGCCAUUAAAAAAACAGUCAUUCGAAGGAAGAAAGUCAAAAUCACCUGAUGGUCCUCGGCUUCAGUUCAGUGCUGUGUCGUUUUCGCCGGCUCCAAGAGGCGUUCUCUUAUCCGAACCAAGAGUUUCUCCUAAUGUUCCGCGGGAAGGACCCGUAGAAAUCCCGAACACAGAAGAGCUUUAUAAAGCUUUAUCAUUACGGACAGAUAAGUCACAGAUUAUCAACGAAUUCAACGAAACACCUCUCAAGGGCUACUCCGAGGUGGAUGGAUCCGCGAGAAGAUCAUCGCCCACGAGACAGCCAUCCAGCGGUGAUUCACUGAAAGAAAACCAAUGUGAUUCAAAUACCGCGGACGAAAGACAAGCUAGGAGAAUCAAUGAGCAUGCGCGCAAUGUCAAGAAAGCUCUGCAGAUGAAAAGGAGUUCAUCUGGUGAUUUAUGAGGGGUGACGUCAGUUGACGUCAUGUCACGUCAAUUGACGUCAUGCUGACGCCACUUUCUCGUCAAGCCAUCAAGGAAGUUGCAGUUCCACAAAAGAGAAGAAAAAAAUUUCCGAGCCUUUACAGAAUGGAGUAGA